ACUCCGUGAUAUGUCCAUGGCCGCUCCACGUGUGUCUGCGUUUGCUGCCUUCCAGAAUAUAAAAGAGACUAAAGGCCAGGCUGGCUUGAAAAAGAAGAAGCGUGUCGUCUGUAAGACAGAAUACAGACUGUCAAAGAAGAAAAGAAAGCUUGCCAGGCCCGAUGCUGAAGCAUGUUUGAAAUACACAAAUGGAGUAGAUGAAGAUAGGGGGGUGCAUGCACCUAGUCACACAAACAGCUCAAACAAGAAAGAGAGAAAACUGUGUACAGAGGCAACAAAUGAAGAACUGGGACCUUUAGAACUGACAGCACAUGAUUUGCGAAGCAGCAUCAAGCAGCAUGUUGGACCUUCACUACAGUCUGUACUGCAGAAUCUGGGGGAAAUCCAGAACAGCAAGGAGCGAGCUAAAACUUUAUUCAAAUGGUUGAUUUCUCCCAUUAAGCCCAAGGAAUUUUUCAGGAAUAUUUGGGAGAAGAAACCUGCUCUAAUUAGACGACACAACAGCAAAUACUAUGAUGGAUUUUUUUCUAUUUCAGAAUUUGACCGCAUUCUUAGAGAAGAUAAUGUGCAGUUUGGUGUAAACUUGGAUGUCACCAGUUAUACUGAUGGAGUACGGGAAACCCACAAUUCCCCUGGCAGAGCUCUGCCACUAGUUGUAUGGGACUAUUUCAAGAAUGGCUGUUCUUUGAGGUUAUUAAAUCCCCAGGCCUUCUCUGUCACAGUGUGGAAUGUCUUGUCUAUCCUCCAGGAGCUCUUUGGAAGCAUGGUUGGAGCAAACACGUAUCUGACCCCUCCUGCCACUCAGGGUUUUGCACCCCAUUAUGAUGACAUUGAAGCCUUUAUAGUUCAGCUGGAAGGCAAGAAGCACUGGAGAGUCUACAGUCCUAGGAAUACAUCGGAACAGCUUCCUCAGUUCUCAAGUGCUAAUUUCACAGACCAUGAUAUUGGAGAGCCCAUUCUGGAGACGGUUUUGGAAGCUGGAGACCUCCUUUACUUCCCUCGAGGGUUCAUUCACCAGGGUGACUGUUUUCCUGAUGUCCACUCUUUGCACAUAACUAUCUCUUCAUUCCAGAAGAAUAGCUGGAUUGACCUACUGGAAAAACUCUUGCCAGCAUCCCUGCAGAUUGCAGCUGAGGAGGAUGUUGAAUUUCGGCAGGGGCUUCCUCUAGACUACAUGGAGUACAUGGGUGUACAAAAUGCAGACUUGGAGGAUCCACGAAGAAACGCAUUCAUGGAGAAGGUUCACUCGUUGGUGAAGAAGCUGACAGAGUAUGCUCCAGUAGAUGCAGCUGUAGAUCAGAAGGCGAAGCAGUUUCUGCAUGACUGUCUGCCCCCCGCACUUACUCCUGCUGAAAAAGCUUGUAGUGUGCUUGGCGCCUCAACAAGAUGGGAGAAUGGAAGUGUGAUUGACUGCACAGCACAGCUGGAAAAGGACUCACAGAUAAGAUUUCUUAGAGGCAAUAUUGCAAGGUUGUGUAGUGAAGGAGAUUCUUGCCUAUUAUAUUAUUCAACUGACAAUUCCAGAAUAUACCAUAAGGAGGAGGCAAAGUUUAUUGAAGUAGAUGCUGAGCAUGUGGAUGCCAUAGAUUAUCUUCUGCAUUCUUACCCAAAUUACGUGAAUGUUGACAGGCUUCCCUGUGAAACUGCCGAUGACAAGCUUGCCCUGACCACUAUGUUAUUUGAGAAAGGCCUAUUGACCACCAGAGAACACAUUUCUUCUGUCUUUGAAAAAUGA